CGCGCGGGCCGGGAGGGUCACGCAGCGAGGAUGGCGACGUCGAACGCUCCGCUCGUGUGCCACGGGCACUCGCGCCCCAUCAACCACCUCGAGUACAGCCGCAUCACCGACGACGGCGUCUUCCUGAUCAGCUCCUCCAAGGACGGCCAGCCGAUGCUCCGCAACGCCGAGACGGGAGACUGGAUCGGAACAUUCGAGGGCCACAAGGGCUGCGUGUGGAGCGCCACGCUCAACGCCCCCGCGACGCACGCCGCGACCGCCUCGGCGGACUUCAGCGCGCGCCUGUGGAACGCCAUCACCGGCGACGAGCUUCACGUCUUUCAGCACAAGCACAUCUGCAAGUCCGUGUCCUUCUCCGACGACUGCCAGAAGCUCCUCACCGGCGGGAGCGAGAAGCUCCUGCGCAUCUACGACCUCGGCAACGUCGACGCGGAGCCUUACGUGAUGCAGGGCUCCCCGUCGCAGAUUCGCACCGCGCAGUUCACCGCGGAGGACACGUUGAUCAUGUCGUCGUGCGCCGACGAUAAGGGCAUCCGCGUGUGGGACGUCCGCACCAACACCAUCGUCACCACGCUGGGCACCGACUCACCGGUGACGAGCAUCGAGAUCACCGACGACGGUCGGUACAUCACCACCGCGGACGGCAAGACGGUGACGUUCUUCGACGCCAUGACGUUCACGCCGGUGUGGAAGCGCACGAUGGGGUACGAGGUGGAGAGCGCGAGCGUCUGCAUCAAGAACGACGUCUUCGUCGCGGGUGGGACGGACAUGUGGGUCCACGCGCACUCCAUGAGCACCGGCGAGGAGGUUGACUGCGGGAAGGGACACCACGGGCCGGUGCACAGCGUGAGGUUCGCGCCGGACGGUAAGUCGUACGCGUCGGGGUCGGAGGACGGCACGAUCAGGAUAUGGAGGACGCUGCCCGGAAAGUGAACCGCGAGGAGCGAAGGGAGCGAAGAGGAGGUUUUAGUUCUUUAGUUGAGCUCGCACGGAUACGGCUUUUACUUUUUUAUACGACGUGCGCCUUCUUUUGU